AUGACGUCUCUUGCUGAUGAGCUGAUGAACGACCUCGAUUCUGACUCGGGAGGAGAAGAUGACCAAUUGGACGCCGUCCUCGGCUCGAACGGCCACGCUGGACCGUCGACGUCGAAACUGAACGGAACCCCGAACGAAGCGUCGAACGGCGCAGCAAACGACGACGAUGGCCAAGAGGAUGUCUUGAUGGACUCGACUGCGGUGGGAGACAUGAUGGUCCCCGAGGGCGGGGUCCGACCGACCCUCGAGCUCAACCCAGACGACGUCAAUGCGAUGCAGUUGGGCGAGGUCGGAGAGCUAGCAAAGGUCGCCAAGCUCGCAAGUGGCAAAAUCAUGAAGGAUUUACUCAGUGUGGGUAGUUUCUCAGCUGAUUGUUCUUUGCGCUGGGUGGCUGAGGCUGACUUGGGCGGCGAAUGCGCUCGGUGGGGGUCGGAUCUCGUUCGAUCGACUGCGAUGGUUCCACGCAGAAAAUCGCAUACUACCGAGAACAUCCGGACCCGAACCUGGCUAGCGAUGGCGACAGUCAAGAGUACCGCCUCAUCGUGCAGGCCAACAACCUCAACGUCGAGAUCGACAACGAGAUGCUCAUCGUCCACAAGGUCCGUGCGCCGUUGACUCAGGACGAGGCCCUGAACGUGGCACAGGCCGAUGCACCCUGACGAUUCAUUCACCCAUAGUUCAUCAAAGACCACUACCUCCCGCGCUUCCCUGAACUCGACACGCUUGUCUCGGCCCCGCUGCCCUUUUGUCGUGUCAUCCUCGCCCUCGGCAACGGUCCCGAACUUCGAGGCGAUCUCACCGGCCUACUCACAUCGGGUACGGUCAUGGCCGUCACCGUCACCGCCGCGACCUCGCGAGGACAAACCUUGGACGAUGCCGAGUGGAAGGUCGUUGAAGAUGCAUGUGCGAUGAUGUUCCAACUCGACGAUGCGAAGCGAACCAUUCUCGAGUACGUCGAGUCAAGGAUCUCGCUCCUCGCUCCCAACAUCUCCGCGAUUGUGGGGACACAGACCGCAACGAAGGUGCUUGGAAUUGCGGGUGGACUGCAGGGUCUGUCGAGGAUACCUCACUCCAACAUCUACGUAUGUUUUCUUUUGUGCUCUAGCUUCGUUUGAUGUGACAUUCAGCUCAUCUUCUCCAACCCCACUCAUUGCCCACAGGUCCUCGGCGCGGUCAAACGAGCAACAACAGGAUUUUCGACUGCCGCUCAUUCCGUCGAUCGACUACAUACGGGUUUCAUCUACCAGUGCCCACUCGUGCAACGCACACGAGCCGAAGAUCGCAUGAAGGCUCAGCGCAAGGUCGGAGCCAAGGUCGCUCUCGCCUGCCGCGUCGACUUGGCCGGCUCGCACCUAACCGGUCAAUUCGGGGAGGAGAUGUUGGAAAAGCUCGAAAAGGAGAUGGAACGUUUGGCACGACCGGCACCGAGCAAGAUCGUCAAAGCGUUGCCUCGACCGGACGAGCAGAAGAAGGCUCGAAGGGGUGGGAAACGAGCUCGGAAGGCCAAAGAGGCGUACGCGCAAACAGAGUUGAGGAAGCAACAGAACAGGAUGAAGUUUGGCGAGGCCGAGGAGGAGACAGGUUACGCCGACGAGACGGUCGGAAUGGGCAUGAUCGGUUCGAGUGGGAGUGGGCGCGUGCGUGUCACGGAUGGGGAAGCGAGGAGCAAGGCCAAGUUGUCCAAAUCGGCCAAAGGGCGAUUGGCAAGCAUCAAGACGAGUUCAAGUGCGACGUCGGGUUUGGCGACGAGUUUGGCGUUUACUCCGGUCCAAGGUACGUUCAGGGGCAGUACGCUGCUGUUCGUUGUGCGAUCGGAUCUGACUUUGUGUCGCUUCGCUUCCGCUCAGGUCUCGAGUUGGUCGACCCGAGCAAACUGCGGACAAAGACGGAAGAGGCAAAUGCGAACUGGUUCGCCAACGAUGGUGCUUUCACGCAUGUGCAGAAGGGGGGUGGAUUCGGGAAAUCCCAGAUCAAGCGAUGA